AUGCAAUCCACAACUUCAGCCUACCCGUCGCCGACGAAAGGUGCAUCCUUGAUUCUGUCUUUUCGGCUGCAACACAAAACUACGCUGAUCGUUGGUGGGGGUCUGUUGGCUGCUUCUCGAGCCCUUGCAGCGUUGGAGGCGGACUCCAAUGUAGUCAUCUUUGCUCGAAAGGACUUCAUUUGCGAUGAACUUCGCUGGAGGCAACGACAAGGCGAGGUCAUUGUCUUUGGAUCGGACGAUCUACCUUCCUCGAGCUCGCAUCAUGAAGACGGCGAUGCCCAGGCCAUCAAUGCAUACUUGUCGUCGAACCCGGGGACGGUCAGCUUCGUUUGCGUGACUGAUACACUGUCUGGUUCCCUUCGACGAUCACAAAUCUCUGCAGCUCGGAUAUAUCAUGCAUGCAAAGCGCACAACGUCUUGGUCAAUGUCACUGACAUGCCAGAGUACUGCGACUUUUCAUUUACUUCUACACAUCGCUGGGACGAUCCGUGCACUGGUACAAAAUCUGCUCUCCAGGUCGGGGUGACGACGAAUGGACAGGGGUGCAGGCUAGCAGGGCGAAUAAAGAGGGAGAUUGUGGCGGCGUUACCGAAGGAAGUGGGUGGCGCAUUGAAGCGCGUUGGGGAGCUGAGGUUGCUUGCGAAGGAAAAGACGAGAGAAGUGCUCAGUCAGCCCACGCAGGACGAGACUACCUUCUACGAGGAACUUGAGGUAGUCGAAGACAACUGUAUCGCCUCCCCGAAUCGGCCUGUAUCACAACGUAGUCAAUCUGAAACACCUUCAGAAUACGCCAGACGAUGCAUGAAAUGGGUCGCGCAAGUCAGCGAAUAUUGGCCGUUCCAUCAACUCGCGAAUAUGACCCUGUUAGACAUGGAGGAAAUAUUGAGUGGUGGUCACUCUCCACCAGCGAGGCCUGUUGACACCGCGCUUCGGUCUAUCCACGAAUUGACACUGACGAAACCUCCUGGCCGAAUACUUCUGGUUGGCUCUGGGCCGGGCCAUCCGUCUUUGCUAACACUGGCGACCCAUACCGCCCUCACAAAAAUGGCCGACAUAGUACUGUCAGACAAACUCGUUCCUUCUGCUGUUCUCGACCUCAUCCCUUCGUCCGUCACUAUUCGCAUAGCUCGUAAAUUUCCUGGUAACGCCGAAGGUGCACAAAUCGAGAUGAUGGAAGCCGCCGUAGACGCGGCCAAGCAGGGGCUUUGUGUCGUUCGUCUGAAGCAAGGUGACCCCGCAAUCUACGGCCGUUUUGGCGAAGAGGUUCUUUACUUCCGUGCUCAUGGCUUCGAACCCUUGGUGAUACCUGGCGUUUCAUCUGCAAUUGCUGCCCCCACCUUUGCGGGCAUCCCAGUAACCCAACGCGGAGUAGCAGAGUCCCUCAUGGUCUGUACCGGUGUCGGCAGGGCAGGCAAGACCGUUGUGCUACCUGGGUAUGAAAGGGGACGAACACUGGUGAUCCUCAUGGGGGUGGCAAGAUUGGCACAGGUGAUCCGUACCUUAAUGCAGGAGGGAGACAGAGAUGGAGCGCCAUAUCCGCCGCAUCUUCCGAUCGCCAUCAUUGAGCGGGCAUCGAUGUCAGAUCAACGCGUUAUCACUUCGACCUUGAAAGAUAUAGUGCAGGCGAUGGACAGCAUCGGCGAGCAGCGGCCUCCUGCUAUGAUGGUUGUUGGGUGGGCCGCUCUUGCACUGUGGGGGGACGGCGACAUGAGUGUACUGGACGCGAAAGACGGCAACGGCGAUGAAGAGCGCAUUAGCAACUGGUUAGGCUCUAAGGUGGGAUGGAGGGUGAGGGAAGGUCUGGAUGACGGUUGGCAAUACUUCUGA